AUGUCGCUGAAACCUCAUAAGCCUAUAAGGCAAGAAUAUAUUGCCAAGGUGCGUUAUAUUAAUAAUUUACCACCACCUCCGUUGAACCCUAAGUUUAUAGAUUACAAUACAACUGAGAAGGUAUCGUCCAAAACAGAAUCAGAACAAUUGAUGAGUUCUUUGUUCAGGAAAGAGAAUUUUACUAGUUUUAUAGAGUCCGUCGAUGAAGAGUUGGGAAUGAAUUUGAAUUUGAUUAAUAAUUCUGGGUUCUUGGAUAAUGAAAAUGAAUCGAGUAUUUACAAAAUGGUGGGUGAGAAGAAUGAUAACGACGAUAUUAAGCACAUUGUAUUACACCCUAAGGAUAGAGCUUUAUUAAGAGAUGCUGGCAUUGGUAAUAUAUCUAAGUCAGAGCCAGAUGUUUCGUUCUUGAGGAGAACUGAAUAUAUUGCUGAGAGACAAUUACCAAAAUCCAACGGAAACUUGAAAGGAAAUGACGAUGUCGCCGAGAUUGCUGAAGCAAAGAAAGCAGAAAAUGCAAAUGAUCCUGCUGCUCAGUUGGCGGCUGUAGAGAACACAUUUGACCAGGCGCAAGAAACUUUGGAUAGCUUCAGUAAUUUAAAACAUCCGGGAAAGAAGCACUUAAAGGCAGUAUCAACAUGGCCAUUAUUACCCGAUACUUCGAUGAUGGACUCAAAGUUCUUAACACUUAAAUUUUCCGGUUCUGCUUCAAUUAGCCGUGAAUUACAAUUAUUGAAAAGACAACAAAAAGACAAAUACGACGAGACCUUCCAAAAGAACUCGUUGGAAUCGGCUAUUUUCAGGCCAAUAACUUCGGAAGACGGUGAAUGGAUUUCGAUGUAUCAAGUUCGUGAUGCUAAAAAGGCUGAAGAAAUAAAGGAAAAAUUGAAUUCGAGCGAACGGGAACGCCCAGUUAACAUAUUAGACGAACAAGAGGAUAUCGAGGACUACAAAUUUAAACACAGUAAGGAUUAUGAUAUGAAUUUCCAUCGUUUUUCGAAACCAUAUGAAGAACUAGCAAUUAAAUUUGAGCCAGCGGAAGAUUCCUCUGAGACUAAGAAAACUCGCAAAAGAAAAGCUGCAUAUUACUAUCCAGUUACGGGUAGAAUUGAUUUGAAAAAGCAUAGGGCUUCUACAAAUAGCGAAAUUAAUAGAUUUUUACGUGAUAGUGCUGUGGAUGUAAUUAACUUUACAUUAAGAGAACCAAAUACCAAUGAAAUUAGAAAGAUGGAUGCUAUUAGAUCGGAAUUUGAUCCAAUGGAUUAUGAAGGUGAAGAAGAUAUCGCAGAAGAAUUUGACGACGCUACAGGAAUCGUUUCUGGUCAAGCAGAAUCAGUAGAAAAACCUGAGGCCAACAAUGUGAAUGAACAAGAGGAUUAG